UGCACAAUCAGUCGUGUCUGAGAAACCUGAAGAUACUAGCACUGAAGAUGAACCUGAUGCUGGUGGCAGAUCUAGAGAUGUUGAAAUGGAGGUGGAGGAAAAGGAUCAAGGAGAAGCACAGAUUUAUUCUCAUGAAAGGUCCAGGUUGAGGCCAGUUUCAUGUUGGAUAGUAAAUUGGAAGUUGCCAGAUCUACCUCCAGCAAUUCACAAGAAGCUACUGUCACUGCCACUUGGAAAUGACUUGAGGGUCUCGGAGAGGUCAACGAUAUUUGACAUAAUAUUCAAGUCUGUGAUGCAGCAUAAGAAUGUGUACCCAAAGCCUGCUGAAUAUACCUUACUUAUUGACCAAUUGUUCAAGCGAUAUCCGAGACUGGACUGCAACUUGAAAGAUGUCAAUUGUGGAAGUCGCAAGGUGAUGUACAGGAAGAAGCUCACGUAUUACUUCCAAAACAAAAGAGAUGUCCUAAGGAAAGACGAGCUGACAACUGUAAACUUUGCAUGGCGGAAGAAGAGACAAUCAACCAAGCCGGUAUGCAAAGCAACUGCAUCAUCAGCUGCACCAGCAGUAUGGGGCGUACAAAAUUACCUACCGUCAAUGCCGGACACGGAAGAUGAUGACAGCAUCAAAAAGCACAUCAAGAUAAUGCAGGAUGAGUUCAAAAAGAAGUAUCCUGACAUCAAAAGAGUUGCAACAGGCAUGGAUAUGACAUUAAGUGCUCGGAGAAACACUAUUGUAAAAGAGAAUGCAACAAUUCAAGACAUAAAGGAUACUUAUCCAUGGCUAUUCCAAGAAUCGCAGCUGAUGGCUGAAAUGGACCGGCUGAUUGGCAGCUCGGAGGAUAAGGGGUUCAAGGGCAAAAUGACCCUUGGGUUCAAAAAAUUCGGGAUGGCCAUUGUUAAGUACGGGAAACGAUUGAAAGCAAAAUCCACACCACAGUGUUUCAAGAUACUAGCUGAGAGGAUUCCUAUCACUAGGGAUGACAAGGAAUAUCAAGAUGCUGUAACAAGAGCGGCCAUAAUCAUGAUACCAACCAUGUUCAGGGAGAAGAUUGGCAACAUCUUCAAGGAGUCUAAGGAGAACGAAGAGUCUGAUGAAAUGCCUUCCCCUGUCAUCAAGUACAGUGGCCAGCUGACAGAAGCAGCAGAGUUCCAGAUAGCUGUGGAUGGAGUGGUUGUUGCAACAAGUGAAGACAUCAUCAGCUCCUUCAGCUGCUACAUGGCAGCUAUUUAUACCUUCAACAUGCACAACCCCCGAUGUUUGGCCAAGACGGCUCUCUUCGUUGAAAGAGUCAUCCUAGACCUUGAAGACAAUCAGUCCAUCCAACCUUUGCAAAAUGUGGUCUCAAAGUUAGUAAAUCUUCUUGAAUAACUGUCUUAUAACUCAAGCAUCACUCAAUGUCUUGUCGCUGCAUAUUAGGACUAUAGUGAGU